UGAUUCAUAGCAGGAACCAUGUGAACUAAGUUAUUAUCGACUCUUACAGUUGCUUGCUUUGUUAAAAGAAAAUGAUGCACAACCACGCAAACCCACCACAUGAAGGAAGGUCUCCUAACUUCCUGAUUUAUAUAUGAGGUGUCUCUGGUUUCAUAUGUGCAUACGAUUUCUUCAAUCUACCAUUUUUCUAAGUUGCAGAUACCCUUCUCUAAAUUUCUCCCACUUAUAAAGAAAAUUUUUUUGUACUCCCAUUUAUGCCAAAGGCCAUGAAAGUAGACCAGCUUAGCCAGAAAGAAGAAACCAGAAUCAACGCACAGCCAAAUAUACUUAUGAAGAAAGCGAGAACGCUUCCAGUUUAUGUUUGCAGAAACAUAUGGAAGGUGGGAAAAGAUGACCCAAGGAGGGUCAUCCAUGCUCUCAAGGUUGGCGUAGCCUUGACGCUGGUUUCCUUUCUGUAUUUGUUGGAAACUCUCUUUGAGGGAGUUGGGCAGAAUGCAAUGUGGGCAGUGAUCACAGUAGUUGUAGUGCUUGAAUUCACUGCAGGUGCAACUCUGUGCAAGGGUUUGAAUCGAGGGUUUGGGACACUCUGUGCUGUUUCUUUAGCAUUUUUCAUAGAAUUCAUGGCAGAAGAAACUGGAAGAGUUUACCGUGCGGUUUUCAUAGGUGCAACAGUGUUUUUAGUAGGCUUCAUGUCAACAUACUUGAGGUUUUUUCCAUUUAUAAAGAAGAACUAUGACUAUGGAGUGGUAAUUUUUCUACUAACCUUCAAUCUGAUAACGGUAUCUAGCUUUCGCGUGCAAAAUGUGCUGCAUAUGGCACAGGAACGCCUCUACACCAUCGCCAUUGGCUGUGGUAUCUGCCUCUUAAUGAGCCUUUUGAUAUUCCCCAACUGGUCAGGAGAGGAUCUCCAUAGGUCUACAGCUAGAAAAUUUGAAGCAUUAGCAAAAUCAAUUGAAGGUUGCAUAGACGAGUAUUUUCACGACAAAGAUGAUAAAGUCAGUGAGAAUAAAUUAGACGGUUCAAUUUACAAAGGUUACAGGGCAGUCUUGGAUUCUAAAUUUAGUGAUGAGACUCUUGCAUCCUUUGCAAGCUGGGAACCCAGGCCCACUAGGCACUGCCACAAGUAUCCAUGGCAACAAUAUGUAAAGCUUGGCACAGUUCUUAGACAUUUUGGGUACACUGCUGUGGCUCUUCAUGGCUGCCUGCAAUCAGAAAUCCAGGCUCCCAAAUCUGUAAGAUUACUGUUCCGAGACCCAUGCAUGCGAGUUGCAUCAGAAGUGUCCAAGGUUCUAGUUGAGCUAGCUUAUAGCAUAAGUAACCGCCGCCUAUUCUCUCAUGAUGCUCUCUCAGACCAUCUCCAUGAAGCCUUGCGGGACCUCAACUCAGCAAUCAAAUCACACCCACGUCUCUUCCUUGGUUCAAAAAAUGGCCGCAAGGUAACAGAAACAAAGCACGAUAAGGCUUCUUCAGCUGUUGCCUUGCCUUCACUUAAAACUGAUACAUCAGUAAUGCUACAAUGGAAGAGCAAUAGGAUUGCAGACCAACCAAAGAAUUCAUCUGAGCAAAAACAACUAAGACCAACGCUAAGUAAGCUUGCAAUAACCACCCUUGAGUUCUCAGAGGCACUUCCAUUUGCAGCCUUUGCUUCCUUGUUAGUUGAGAUGGUUGCAAGGCUGGAACUUGUUAUUGAGGAGGUAGAAGAACUAGGAAGGGCUGCAUAUUUCCGAGAGUCUACAGCCAGUGAUGAAUUAACAAUCAAGGUUAAAAUAGACAACAUGAGGCAAGACGAAAAUUCUCACGAUUUACAUACACACGAGGUGCACCGGAUAGUUGACUGAUGAGGGUACAAAAAUCAAAUCAGAUAGUGUCGCCAGGGGAGGUGGACAAGUCAUUGCAGAAUUAUUGUUUUUUUCUGUAAGUCUGCUGAAAUUCUUCCACAACUUUUAGUUGAAGUGUGUGGAUUUGCUAGUUAUUGCAAUAAACCUGCCAAAUAUGUUUCAGAUUAAUCCGUUGAACUCAUCCACUCAUUAUUACCGUCUAUGUUGGAAUUCAGUUCAGAAUGGUUUCUUGCAGUCCUGUUAAAAAGACACAAAAUUUCUUUAAAUAGUUAGCCGGUUUACCAGUCAGAAGAUAAAACUAUAUAUUGUAUCAUAUUUAGAAAUACAGCCUUAGUAAUGUAUUGCUGAUAUAUAAUCCAAACUUAUCAAUAGAGAGAAAUGCUGAAGUAAUCACAUAUUCCAAACUUAA